CAAGUGAUUAAAAUGUACGCCUGGGAGAAACCCUUCCAGGCUGUGGUGGGCGAAGCACGCCGACGUGAGAUCAAACAAAUUCGUUAUGCUUCCUAUUUGCGUGGCUUCUACCUGAGUACGAUGGUGUUCACUGAACGUUCCACACUCUACAUCACAAUCGCAUCGGCGGUAUUGAUGGGCAGUGAAAUUUCAGCAGAUAUUGUAUUCUCAGCGGCAAGUUACUACAAUAUACUGCAAUUGGUUGCGGCUAUUUGGUAUCCGCUCGCAGUGUCAUUCGGUGCCGAGGCAUUAGUAUCGCUAAAGCGUGUUGAAUCGUUUCUACUGCAAGAGGGACACGAUGAGAAGGUGAACGGGCUGACACAUAGGAAGGGCGAACCUAAAGGAGAUGAACGUGAUGCCUCCACAGCAAUUGUACUCAAACAAGUGAAUGCGAAUUGGGAUUUGUCGAAGCCGCAGCUUACAUUGCAGAAUAUAAAUUUGGAGAUGAAGAGAGGACAAUUGUGUGCUGUUAUCGGGCCAGUGGGUGCGGGAAAGAGCUCGUUACUACAGCUACUGCUGGCCGAAUUGCCAAUCACAGAUGGCGAGGUGGUUAUACAAGGCGAACUCUCUUACGCCGCUCAGGAGCCAUGGCUAUUCACCGGCACUGUACGCAAUAAUAUACUCUUCGGCGAAACUUACGAUCGCAAGCGCUAUCAGGAGGUGACUAGGUGUUGUGCACUCACUACGGAUUUCCAACAGCUGGCCAAUGGCGACAAGACGAUUGUGGGCGAACGUGGCGCAUCACUGUCGGGUGGACAGCGUGCACGUAUCAG